UAAUUAUGAAUUUCAUUAGUCUGGAUCACUAAAUUCAUUCAAUAGAAGAUUAUGAUAUUCUUUGUGCACUCGAUCGUACAGAUUAUUCUACUGUUUACAAAGCGUAAUCUAAUAAUCAUAUCAUAAAAGACUUGAUAAGAAAACAGGACUGAUCGUAGCCAUUAAAGUCAUCAAUUUAGUCAAUUAGGCAGAAUUGGCUUAAGCAGUCUAAACUUAUCGUACAAAACCAUUCAGAAAUAUUUGUUUGGUAGAUAAGUGUUUUGGAUAAGAUGGAAAACUCUUUAUUGUGAUGGAAUACUUUGCAGGAGGAUCAUUAAAAGACUUGAUUCAUUUAUUUAAGAUCAACAAACAAACAUUAGAAAUUUAAUAUGUGCAAGUGAUCAUUAGGGAACUUUUACUAGGUGUUUAAGAGAUUCAUUAAGAAGGUCUUGUGCAUCGUCAUAUUAAAUGUGAGUUUUAUUAUUUUACCUUAAAUUUUUUUUAGCUGCUAAUCUUUUCCUAUCCCAAGAAGCCAAGGUUAAACUAUCCUAUUUUUCUACCAAUAAGGAAUUUGCUGAUACAAUCAAUAAAUCCCAAUCUCAUAUUCUCAGUCUCCCUUAUUGGAUGGCUCCAGAGGUAGAACAUUUAAUGUUGAUAUUAGACCAUUUAAUCUUCUUUGACUGAUCAAAAAACUGAUAUAUGGGCUAUUGGAAUAACAGCAUUUGAAUUAAUUACUUCAAAAAUUCCUUAUGAAGAUGUUCCACCAUAGAAAGUGAUUUUUAAAAUAGUGUAACAACCUCCGAGAUUAAGUGGAGAUUAUCCAAAUGAAAUGAUUGAUUUUGUACAUCAAUGUUUGCAAAGAGAUCCUCGUCUUAGACCAACUGCUACAUAAUUACUUACUCAUCCAUUUAUCAAGAAUGCUAAAAAAACAUAGCUUCUUUUUGAAUUAUUAGAACGAGCUGGAAUGCUUAGUGGAGAAUAGUAAUAAGCCAGUUGUGAAACUCUUAAUUAUACUCAUAAUAGAGUUGUCACUUCUUUAAAGUUAGAUGCUACAGGAACACCAAUUAGAGAUGAGGAUGAAUCAUUAAAAGAAGAAACCUUGAAGAUUAAGCGUACUUUCAGAAAAAUAGAAAAAUAUAAGCCCGGAUUGGGCAAAAUCGUAUUUACAUUAUACCUUUGCAGAUUUACCAUGAAAUCAUCCAGGUCCUUAAAGCCAAGAACCCCUGAUGAAUACAACAAUUUAAUUACGC